UUCUUUUCCAUUUAAUCUAAUGCAAAUCAAUAUUUAUAUAUUUGCAUAUUAUAUAUGAAUAUAUAACAUUUCAGGUUGCAUUAUUGGUAGUAACACUUGCUGCCUUACCUCCUGAGCUUUAUUGGAAGUCCAUGCUUCCCACCACACCCAUGCCUAAAUCUAUAGCAGAUCUCCUCCACCCAGCUGGCUAGUAUUGGCAUUUUCUUUCUGAGAACUUAAAUUUUCAGUUUAAAUAAUAUUUUUCUGAAAAAAACAAUGUGUAUUUUUCAAAGAACGAGGAUUUUAUUGGUACGCGGAUUUUGUCUUAAAAACUAUAUACGUAUAUUCAGGACCGGAGAAAGUAGUUAAUACCGGCAAGUCAAGUGUCGGCACCACCAUCUUCAGAGGAGUCGAAUGCCCAUUCGAGUUUUGUUAUGCUGGCUCAGACCAAACUCCAUGAUAAUGCCAUCACAACUCUCUUCCUUUCGGAGAAGGACUUGAAGGCUGGUCACAGAAUGAACUUGCUCUUCGCACAAAUCUCCAACAAAGCAUCCUUCCUGCCUUGUGAAGUCGUGGAAUCCAUUCCCUUUUCCUCAAGCAAGAUAGCUGAGAUAUUGAACAAAUUUGCUGCGAAGCCUGGGUCAAUAAAAGCUGAGGUUAUGAAUAAUACGAUUAAGCUUUGUGAGGAGUCAGGGGUUAAAGGAGCACAGAAGUAUUGUGCCACGUCAUUGGAAUCCAUGGUUGAUUUUAUCACUUCCAAGCUUGGGAGACACGUGGAAGCUUUUUCUACAGAAGUGGUGAAGGUAACAAAGAAGCAAGAGUACACAAUAAUGCAUGGAGUGAAGAAGGUGGGACAGAGGAAAGUGGUGGUGUGCCACAAGCUCAAUUAUGUGUAUGCUGUGUUUUAUUGUCACUAAAUAGAGAACACGGUUGUCUGUCGUUGAAGGGGUAUGAUACGAACAGAGUAAAAGUUGAGUGUAUGUCACCGA